GCUGCCGGGUGAGCGGAAAGGGAGACUGAUGUUCCGUCUCUCAGUGGAAAUUUUAACAAAGCUGAAACCGUUAACUUGGGAUCACCCGAGUUACAAUGGUUGAUUUCCGACCGGAGAAACAUCGCGAAACUGAACUAAACGGAGUCGAGUGACUUAUUACCAAUCGGAUUGGCCCAGGCAGGCGUGUGGGCGGGGCCAUGGCGCUGAAGGACCGGGUGGAGGCGGUGCUGAACGUGGGCCUGCGGGUGCCCAGCAUCAUGCUGCUGGACCUGCUGUACCGCUGGGACGUCAGCUCCUUCUUCCAGAAGAUCCAGAGGAGCAGCCUCAGCAACAACCCUCUCUUCCAGUACAAGUACCUGGCCCUCUACCUGCACUAUGUGGGCUACAUCCUGAGCCUGGUGCUCCUGACGCUGCCUCGACAGCACCUGGUGCAGCUGUACCUGUACGUGCUCACCGCCCUGCUGCUGUUCGCCGGUCACCAGGUGUCCAGGGACUAUGUUCGCGGCGAGCUGGAUUCCGGGUACGAGGGGCCGCUGUACUUGGAGCCCCUGUCCAUGAACCGCUUCACCACAGCACUGAUCAGUCAGCUGGUGGUGUGCACUCUGUGCUCCUGUGUCAUGCAGACCAAGCAGAUCUGGCUGUUCUCUGCUCACCUGCUCCCCCUGGUGGCCCGGCUGUGCCUGGUGCCCCUGGAGACCAUUGUCUUCAUCAACCGCUUUGCUAUGAUCUUCACCGGCCUGGAAGUGCUCUACUUCCUGGCCUCCAACCUGCUGGUGCCCUACAACCUGGCCAAGACCGCCUACCGCGAGCUGGUGCAGGUGGUGGAGGUGUAUGGGCUCCUGGCUCUGGGCAUGUCCCUGUGGAACCAGCUGGUUCUGCCCGUGCUCUUCAUGUGUUUCUGGCUGGUGCUGUUCGCCCUGCAGAUAUACACCUACUUCAGCACCCGCGACCAGCCCACCUCUCGGGAGCGGCUGCUCUUCCUCUUCCUCACCAGUAUUGCGGAGUGCUGCAGCACGCCCUACUCCCUGCUGGGCCUGGUGUUCACGGUCUCCUUCGUGGCCCUGGGCGUGCUCACGCUAUGCAAGUUCUACCUGCAGGGCUACCGCGCCUUCAUGAACGACAACACCAUGCACCGGGGGAUGACAGAGGGCAUAACUCUGCUCAUCCUGGCGGUGCAGACAGGGCUCAUUGAGUUGCAGGUCAUCCACCGAGCCUUCCUCCUCAGCAUCAUCCUCUUCAUCGUGGUGGCCUCCAUCCUGCAGUCCAUGUUGGAGAUCGCCGACCCCAUCGUGCUGGCACUGGGGGCGUCCCGCGACAAGAGUCUGUGGAAGCACUUCCGGGCCGUGUCGCUGUGCCUCUUCCUGCUGGUGUUCCCGGCCUACAUGGCCUACAUGAUCUGCCAGUUCUUCCACAUGGACUUCUGGCUCCUCAUCAUCAUCUCCUCCAGCAUCCUCACCUCCCUACAGGUUUUGGGGACGCUCCUGAUCUACGUGCUGUUCAUGGUGGAGGAGUUCAGGAAGGAGCCCGUGGAGAACAUGGACGACGUGAUCUACUACGUCAACGGGACGUACCGGCUGCUGGAGUUCGUGGUGGCGCUGUGCGUGGUGGCCUACGGCGUGUCGGAGACGGUGUUCGGCGAGUGGACGGUCAUGGGCUCCACCAUCAUCUUCAUCCACUCGUACUACAACGUGUGGCUGCGCGCCCAGCUGGGCUGGCAGAGCUUCCUGCUGCGGAGAGACGCCGUCAACAAGAUCCAGAGCAUGCCCACCGCCACCUGCCUGCAGCUGCAGAGACACAACGACAUCUGCGCCAUCUGCUACCAGGAUAUGAAGACAGCGGUGAUGACACCCUGCAGUCACUUCUUCCACGCCGGCUGUCUGAAGAAGUGGCUGUACGUGCAGGAGACCUGCCCCCUCUGCCACAGCCAGCUGAAGAGCCAAUCACAGCCCUCACCCCCUGCUGUGCCCGCCCCGGACCCCCCACCGCCAGCCAAUCAGGAGCAGGUGGAGGCGGGGCCUGCCGACCCGUCGGCCAAUGACGCAUCGGGAGCGGACGGAAAGGGCGGUUCAGACACAGAGGCGGAGUCUCGUUCCGCUGACGCCGAGCAGGCUAGCGGCAGUUCUCCCCGCAGCGACCCUGCCCAAUCAGGAGAGGGGAGUGGGGAGGGUCGAGGUUCCUCUGUGCCCGAGUGCCAGGGAGGAUCACGGGACAGCCAGCCUGUUCUCCCCCCUCCCUCCCCCGCUGCAGUUCCCACGGAAACCCCCACCACCGACGUGGGGGCCGGCUGCAGCCUAUCAGCCGAGCCAAUGGCUGUAGGCCCUGCAGCGCAUUAGCCAAUAAGCAAAACUCUCUGGAAGAGCCGUUGCUAGGUAAUUCCCCCAUUCCAACACCAUGGACUCUUUCCAAUCGCUUAUUUUUCACCUCUUUUCUCCUUUCCUAGCUCCUUUUCCUGCGCCUCACUCCACCCAUCGGGAGAGGGAGGAAGAGUGAGGGAAAUCGAGAAACGUGACUCGAUCCUUCAAACACGGGUCGGAAGCCACGUCAGUUACAGACAUGCGGUAGAUUUUAUACGUCACUCAUUCUGAUAAGAGACGUUCGGAAACGACGCCCCGCUUACUCAAGAAAACGUUCGGAGUCUCCCGACUCCAGCUUCAGUUAGAGAGAACGUUUCACGGGUCGGGAUUCCUCUCGACGGCGGCCCUCGAUGGGUUCCCGGCGAAAGGGCAAGGAGACGGGAGGUGAAGAAUAAGUGAUCGGACCGAGCGCUCGUCUCCAUCCAGCGUCAUCCUCCGGCACCAUGGCGACCGUGACCUCCCCCAUCAAGAUUUGAAUCGGGCUUAAAUCCACUGGGCGUCCCUUCGGUUCCAAUCAAAUGUGAUGAUGAUGAUGAUGAUGAUGAUGCCGACGACGGUCCUCGCUGAAACUGACUCUGGGCCGAGCUUUCGGUUAAGCUUAAUUCCAGUCUGGCCCCGCCCGCUGAGGCUAACUCUAAUGAAUCUCGCUGGACGCUGUGUUCUGUGUCGGAUCAGUACUGUAUUUCAGGGGAGGGUCAAAGGUCAUGGUUCGUGUAAUCAUGUGACUCGGUGUGUGUGGGAGUGUAAAAACGGCUGGAACUGAAUCGGAAGCUGGAGGGAGCAAAUUCGCUUGGGAGUGAAAUUUGCCGAAUUAACCCAAACUCUGCCUGCCGCCUCAUUAACACCCUUCCCCCCAACCCCACCCCCUUAUCUGCUUGCCCUCCUUCUGUGACAAAUCCACAACUUCAUCAAUCUGGCCAUAAUAUUCCCUUCAUUUCAGUGCAGUGCCCUCUACUGGUACCCACACACAUUUGUAUAAUAUAGCACCCUCUAUACCGGCAUCGACACACAUUUCUAUAAUAUACGCUCUACUGGCCAUUACACACCUGUCUUUACUCUGCAGCGCUCUCUCCCGGUAACAGAGUAUCCAGUCUUAAUUCCGCACAGUCCCCUCUCCCGGGCCAGUACUCCCGUUUACCCGGCAGUGCCCCCUGCUGGCUGCAUGUUUCCCCGCGUCUGUUUAAAUCCAGUUAAAAUCCGACCCCUCCCUCGCAAUGACUGUUACAACGAGGUCACAGCUCAAGAGGGGAAACCCCGGCCGCUUCGUGGACGUGGUGAACCAGCGUUUAAAAACCCAAGAGAAAUGACAAGAGCACUUCCUGUAGAAGCUUUAAGCACGCUUAGGCUAGCACGUCGUCGGUCUUGUAGAAGUUUUACUUUCUCCUUUGUUUUUUUUUUUUUGUUUUUUUUUGUUUUUUUUUGGCUUUUUAAAAUAUGUAGCUUAUUUGGUAAUGUCACUGCUUUUGCACUAAUGUAUUUCAUAGCAAUGCUCCAAAGCUGUCUUGUCAGGUACCAAAUAUUUUGGCGUGUAUGAGGAAAGCAAACCUAUAUAAAUGUCUGUAUAUAUACAUGCAUCUAUAUUACAAAGGAGUUUUGAUAUAUUGAACAGUGUUAGCAGCACUAGCCAACGUGAAACGGACUAACGCUUGUGUGUACACUUUGGUGCCCUCUACUGGUAAAAGUGCGAAAAGCUAUAGACCGUGGAUUUAAAGACUGGUGCCUGCACGUGAAUACAAGUACCGAAUGAACUUCAACAGUAUUAUUUGGCAUUGAUUGCGGUUGUGAUAAUGAAUACAUUGAUAAUGUAUGAAGUAACUCAGCAAAUGCCAUUUAAAAUUAUUUUGUAGCAACUUGAUAGCUUUUGCACAUGUUUUCUUGAAGAAGAAUAGCUCUGUAGAAAUUGUACAUCUUACCAUGGCGUCUUUAGAUUUUAAAAACAUUUUAACAUUGGAGACGUAUUCUUAAAUGAAUGGAUUUUGUUUUUCCUUUGACAAGAUGGAGAAUCCUGGAUCAGAAUUAUGUUCUAUUUUUCCCUUCUCUUUUUUUAAAGACGAAAUGAACACGAGACCUGUUCUGUGAAUGCUGAACUCCUGUCAGAAAUCAUGUGUGAUCAGACCUGUUGUUCUGUGAAUGCUGAACUCCAGUCAGAUUUCAUGUGAGAUCAGACCUGUUGUUCUGUGAAUGCUGAACUCCUGUCAGAUAUCAUGUGUGAUCAGACAUGUUGUUCUGUGAAUGCUGAACUCCUGUCAGAUAUCAUGUGUGAUCAGACAUGUUCUGUGAAUGCUGAACUCCUGUCAGAUAUCAUGUGUGAUCAGACAUGUUGUUCUGUGAAUGCUGAACUCCUGUCAGAUUUCAUGUGUGAUCAGAGGAAAGCCUGACAGACUCAUUUUUAUCUCACAAAACUGAAUGUCUAAAAUAAAAUUAAACGACUGAAUUUUAAA